AGAUACACAAGAAAUUCCAGAGAAACAACCUGAUCAGGAUGGAAAUAGCUGUGUUUGUUUAAGUGGCUGUCAGGCGGAGGGAGGGUCACAGGUGGCUGGACACGCCCAGCAGGUUCAGCAGGUAGAGACACAGCAGCGCACCGAACCAGAAGAUACAUCCGGGGAUGAUCCAGUGAUCCUCGGCGGCCUCCAGCAGCUCCUCGAUCCGCUCCGAACAUGAAGCUGCUAAUACCUCUGGUCGGCCUCAGCGUGACCAUCAUGGUCUUCAUGAUCGCCCAGACUGUGCGUCAGGAGCUGGUUCUGCGCGACCUGAAAUCGCGCAUUUCGACGAGCGCCUCGGAGGUCAAGAUGAAGGAGGAGGCGAUCGUCGAGGUGAAAGUCAAACUCCAGGAGGUGAAGCUGUCGCUGAAGUCUCUGGAGACCAAGGUGGAAGAAGUGAAGAAGAAAAAGAUAGAAACGGAAAAAUCUGAGCAGGAAUUUCUUAACGGUCUGCAGACCUGCAACACCCAGCGGGAGCAGACCAAAGUGAAGAGUACAGAAAUCACAGAAUCCAUGAACAAGCUGAAAGCUGACCAUGAAGAGGCUAAAUCUAGAGCUCAGCAUGACAUUCAGACUUUGAAGCAACAGAUUCUGGACAGAGACAAGGCAAUCUGUGCCUUCGCAGACACGACAAAGGACGAAGCACGGAGGCUGUGUGGACUCUAAUCGAAUCAAAAUGAAGAAACACUGACUGUGAACUGUUUCAGAAAAGAUGCGUUCAAGUACAUAUUUUCACUGAUGCUCUUAUACUUCUGCUACUUUCUUAUGAGAUGUGGGUUGGUUAAAGAAUGUCCGUGCAUCCACUUAUAGGACGCUGACGUGUGGGAUGGAGAAACGGUUUCAUGUCAUUUUGUGCUCGAACCAGUUUGGCCUUUUGUCUCUGUAAAACACUUGUACAUUAUGGGAUUCACAGCUAAAUUAAGUCAAGUGGGCUUGUUGCCAACAAUAGCUUCAUGUGAGCCGCAUGAGCCUUUAUGCCCGAGGCGUUUAAACUGUGUUUGAAACCUGAGAGACUGCCACAGCCAGGAAAACACACGAUCAUCAAAUUAAUCUCUCACUGGAGUCACUUCUUAGUCUUUAUGGAAAUAUGACUUAUUUCAGGUGUUACAGUAUGAAAAUGUUGUUUGAAUAUGGAAUAAAUGGGACUAUAUCAUCUUUCUAA